CUCGCCCUGUCCCCUGCGCCGGGACUUGGUACGGCCGGGACGGCGGUUGGCGUCCUCCUGGGCAGCCAGGGGCGGGCUUUUCAAACCUUAUCUUCGGCGUUGUGCCGACGGCCCUAGCUGUGGUGCUGGAGAUGGAGAGGCACAUCCUGAGGGGACACGAGCUCCGCGCGGCGGGGCUUGCGGCCGAGCAGGACUGCAGCAUUCAAGAAAAAAUAGAUUUGGAAAUUCGAAUACGAGAAGGAAUAUGGAAACUCCUUUCUUUGAGCACUCAAAAAGGCCAGAUUUUGCAGGCAGUUAAGAAUCUUAUGGUGUGCAAUGCUCGAAUAAUGGCUUACACAUUGGAGCUGCAGAAGUUAGAAGAGCAGAUUGCAAAUCAAGCUGGAAAAUGUGAGGAGAAUUUUGAAAGUAAAGAACGGACAGCUUGUAGAGGAAAGAUUGCCAUAUCAGAUGUUCGUAUACCACUAAUGUGGAAAGACUCUGAUCACUUCAGCAAUAAAGAACGAUCACAGCACUAUGCCAUUUUUUGUUUAUUCAAAAUGGGAGCUGAAGUUUUUGAUACUGAGAUGGUAAUUGUGGAUAAAACAAUCACAGAUAUAUGUUUUGAAAAUGUGACCAUAUUUAAUGAAGCAGGGCCAGACUUUCAGAUAAAGGUGGAAGUAUAUAGUUGCUGUACAGAAGAAUCUUCUAUAACUAACACACCAAAAAAGUUAGCUAAGAAACUGAAAACAUCUAUAAGCAAAGCUACAGGGAAGAAAAUCAGUUCAGUGCUUCAAGAAGAUCAUGAAAUGUGCUUGUCCUUCAGUUCUGCUAUUUAUGGUGCAAAGUACAGUUUGCUAGCUCAUACUACCCUGAGCUUGGAAAGCGCUGAGGAUAGCUUCAAGACUCAUAAUCUCUCUGUUAAUGGGAAUGAAGAAUCUUCAUUUUGGCUUCCCUUAUAUGGUAACAUGUGCUGCCGACUAGUCGCCCAACCAUCCUGUAUGGCUGAGGAUGUAUUUGCGGGAUUUCUUAAUAAGCAGCAAAUGGUAGGAGGUCUGAUUCAUUGGAGAAGGUUGUAUUGUGUUUUAAGAGGGGGCAAACUCUAUUGUUUUUACACUCCAGAAGAAAUUGAAGCUAAAGUGGAACCAGCUUUGAUAGUGUCUAUUAACAAGGAAACCAGAAUUCGGGCAGUGGAUAAGGAUAAAACGAAAAGAAUUCAUAAUUUCUCUGUCAUCAACCCUGUUGCUGGACAGGCUGUAACUCAUAUAUUUUCAGCUGACAAUAGAGAAGAUCUUCAGAAGUGGAUGGAAGCCUUCUGGCAGCAUUUCUUUGAUCUUAGCCAAUGGAAGCAUUGUUGUGAAGAACUUAUGAAAAUUGAGAUUAUGUCACCACGGAAACCACCUUUGUUCUUGACAAAAGAGGCAACCUCAGUCUACCAUGAUAUGAGCAUUGAUUCACCUAUGAAACUUGAAAGUUUAACUGGUAUAAUACAAAAAAAAAUUGGCCAGCAUGAAGAAGCCUCACCUCCUUCUUGGGCCACACUCUUUGAUGGUAAUCACCAAGUUGUCAUCAAGAAAAAGGUAUUAUCUCCUGCAAGCAAGCAGUUAUAUGAAGAGAAAGGGAAAAAGAGACGAGCUCCCCUUCCUCCUUCUGAUAAAGCUCCAUUCAACUUAAAAACACAGAGCAACAAAAAUCAAUUGGUUCAGGGCAACUGGGAAAAAACAAGUGUAUCUCAGACCUUGCCUUUGGAUACCAAACUGUCAACCCCAAUGCAUCACUUACAGAAACCAGUGGCUGCUCCUCGAAAACUUCUUCCUGCCAGGAAAAGUAGUUUAACUGGUGGCGAACACACAGACACUAAAACCAGUAUUGAAGCCAAGCCAGUACCAGCUCCGAGGCAGAAAUCUAUCAAAGACAUUUUGGACCCUAGAUCAUGGUGGCGGACACAAGUAUAGAAAACCCUUAAUGUAUAAAACAUUUAAAAAACCUAUAACUGUGAAGCUUAAUUCAGAAGCCCUGUAGAUAUAGUAAUAUGUAAUUAUGUAGUAAAUAUGAUAGUGAUUUAUAUCAAUAAUUAGUAGGUAUAAAAUAUUUUAUAAUGAAGAAAUGGAUUUCUCUUUUGUGAUUUUCGGAAUUGAAGUUAUUUCUCUAGCAGAGCAUAAAAGGCAGUUUCUAGACAAUAUCUCAAUUGUUGGAAGGGUUAAUUUAUUCCUAAAUUAGUACUAGGCGGUGAAUAAGCACUAGGCAGAAGAAAGCAUUAACAUUUCUUUGGGGAGAGAUUGUCUAGUAAUUUAAAAUGUGUUAAAUAAGAGCCAUAUUCUCAUUGUGAGAAUUUUAAUACUAAUGGAAUGUUUCAAAAGUUUUAUUCAAACCACAAAUUAUAGAAUCCACCCAAGAAGAUUUCUUCUUAGCAUUCUGGAAUUCGCAUCUAAUAGUCCACUGGCUCUCAUCUAUUGUUUUAUUCACUAGUUAACUUUCAAAUUCCUGGGAUAAAUUUUGGAAUAUUAAAAUCUUCGUCUUUAAAGGGAACAUGUAAUGUGUUAUUCAAAGUUGUUUCCUUGAUGAUCCCUGAAAUCCUGUUGACAUUACCUUUCAUAUGUAAAGCAAAAUAUUUUUAAGUUUAGGUAACAGGUAGAUGAAAUGUUCUUCACUUUCACUUUUCUAUGCAUGGUAUUAAUUUCCAUUGUGACAUUGGCAUUUGGAGAAAUGGGUAGCUGUUAACACCUUAAAAUUCAUUUAAUACUUAUUUAAAAAGCAGAUGAUCUAUUAAAAAUAUCAGAAAAUUUGGCCAUGAUAAUUUCAGAAUUAAUCCUUCUAAAAAUAUUAUUUAGAUUUCCUUUUUGUAGUAGGGGUUCGUGUCUGCUAUUGAUAUUUGCUAUUAAAGUCAUAUUGUUAGAAUAAUGACAUUGGAAUCAUUUCCAUAGGAGGUAAUUUCCAUAGCAACUAAUCAUAGUGACACAAACAGAAUUAUGAAAUCAAGUGAGGAAUAAAUAGCAAAAGAAUGAAUACCUUAAAGGAACAAAAAAAAAAACCCUUUUUCUUAAUAAUUAUGCUUCUUAUAAAUAAGAGCUGGACAGUUUUAAAAAUCAGAAUUUCCAAAUAAAACAGUUUCCAUAAGCUAUCAGCAGCAGCACUAAAAAUCUCAAAUAUCAUUGUAAGAAAUGAAAAUAUAAGAAUUAAAUUACUGCCCUGUAUAUAAUCUCUAGAGAUUUUUUAAAGCUCAUAAGAACUCUAUUUGAAUCAGAAUUACAUUAUUACAAAGUAAAAUGAAUACUUCACAAAAAAUAACAUUAAUUUAAAUGGAUCCUUUCAUUAUUUUUAGAUAGCGGAGUCUUUUUUCAUUUAUGUAGAAUAAUGUAACUGCCAGGUUACUUUUGUGUUUGCCCAGGACUCCUAGUAAGAAUUAGGACUCAAGGGAGUAAUGAUACAAAAGGUCUCUUGUGACUGGAGACACCAGGACAGACAUAGCAUUUGAUGAGAAGGAAAUCCUACAUGCUUGCCUGAUAAAAUUUAGAGACAAUGAAAACCUAAAAAGGUAGGAUUAAUUUGUUUUUUCUAACUAGAAGGCUCUCAUAAAUCUCAGCUGUGAUUGCCAAUUCAGUAAAUGACAUAUUAAAAAUGUGAAGGAUAUUAUUGUUUGAAUUUUAUUUUUAAACCUCACUGCUGUUUUUGGCAGCAUUUAUGACUCUUGUUGCCACUAAAUUACUGAGCUAGAAGAUGUGCAGGAAAAAUUGUUUCUGAAACUGACAUCUACACAUUUUUUUUUUUUUUUAGUUAAAGCCUUCCUUAGAAUAAAACAGUGUUAAAACUUCCAAAUUAUAUUCUUGUUGUUUCUGCUUAUGCAUGUUAUUAUCAAGAAGGAUUCAAAUGGUCCAGGAACCAGAAUUUGUUCUUAGAGAAAUUACCUGACAUUGUGCCCUCAGUGGGCACUUUGAAAUAAGGCUGAAACCUUUCUUCCUACAACCAUUUAGAUGAAGCUUGACCAAGGGCCAUCUCCCCCCAAAAUUAUUCAGACUGUUUCUGGGGUCCUAUCUUGCUGUAUAUUAUAAAGCCUUUAAAAUCAGGCUGAAGUCUUCAGCUGUACUUCUGAGCUGCUACUCACUAAGUGUUAGUUCUUCCCACUCUCCAUUCCCAGCAAAAGGUAUAAUACCAAGUUAGGGCUCCUUUCCUCCCUCUCUUCCUCCCUCCUUUUUUUUCUUCCACAGUUAAUAUCUAAAAAUACCAAGUUAAGCACUUUUUCAAAGAGUUUGUCAAAAGAACUAUUUGUUUUCUCAUUUUCCUAAGCCGGAAGUUUAUGACAGAGAAAAAUACGCCACAUAAUAAAAGACAUUUCAGCUUUUUUAUGAGCUGACUUUUCACAUUCCUUGUUUGUCCUUUUAAUUUUCCUCUUGAUAUAUGAAGACUGUAAGCUUGAAACAAAGAGUUAGCUGUCAGAUUUUAAUAAUGUUAUAAUUGGAGAGUCAUAAAUAGAAUAGGUAUUUUAUGAUAUUAUAAUGCAGAUGAUCUGAUAAUAUCUUUAAAAAUUACAUUUACAUUUCAAGCCCUGAGAUAUAAAUUACUUAAAACAGCAUUACAGUAGUAUUUUAAUUGCUACAAAGUAGUGAGCUUUUUAUUAAAAAUCUUGCAAGGACAAAGAAGGCAUUUUGUUAAUAUAAAUGCAUACCUCCUAAGGUAAACAGUCUUUCAAAAUAUCAGGCAUGCCAACUCUUGAUUAGUUUUGUUAAAUCCUAACUGUCUGCCAUGCCCCCUGACUUCUUUUAAAUGGACAUGCAUGUUUGUGGGAAACUAAAUCCAUUUAUUAUAAAUGCCUUAUCUUACCCUUUAGGUCCUACUAAAUAUAUUUUACCUGGUACUGUUUAUUAAAAUGGAAGCUGCCUUGAUUUAGAGACAAUUCAUGGAAGGUAGGUUAAGCAGUCAAAUAUUUCUUUAGGCUUAUGUUCAGUACCUCAGCCACCUACUGAGAAGUUAAUUAAUUCAGUCCAACAUGAAAUUAUAGGGCAGAUCGGUGCAAUUUAUGGUAAAUGCCAUUUGAAUGCAGUCGCCUGUGUUACCCUGAACAAGGAACAACCGUACUAAAUAGAGAUAAAAUGCUUGCACCAUGAACGAGAGAAGUGGUUUGGCAGGAAAAAUAUCUGUCCCUAUGGUUAGAAUUUGUCAAAACUCACUGUCUUUUUAAAGAGUGAAUCAUCACACAGUAUUUAAACUUUGGUGACCUUUUAUAUUCUCAUAGUUCUCUUCAGUGUUCUAUUAGUCUUAAACUUAUAAUGUAAGUAGAGUUGACUUUUUGCAUUUACAUUUCAAAGACACUCUUUUUAAAUGCUUAUACAUUUAUGUGUAACUGCAUUGUUGCUAGUAACAGUUAUAAUGAAAAUGGUCUGUUCUGUAUCAUGCUUAUUCUUGGUUAAUACUAGGAAUGUGUUACCUUUGAAUUUUUAAAGACAAAAUUUCAUUUGAAAAUAUUGUAGAAUGUUAUUUUCUGUGGCAUGUUUGUAUAAUUGGCAUUGUUUAUAAUUUUUACCUUUUUAAUGUGGGUCAGGAUUCUGGAUUAAAAAGUAUUAUGUUAUGCAUAUAUAUAUACUUAACUAUUAGAAAUGGAUAAACCAAGGUCAUGUGAUUAAAACUUCUUUAUUUUUUUUAUUU